CAUCUUCACAACAUCAAUCAUCAUGUGUGGCCCUGACAACUCAAACCGACCCCGAGGAGGCGCCCUGGCGGCUCUCAACCCUCCCAUCAACACAACCACUUCAAACCUCUGCGCCGACCUCGCCUUUCAUACUCCUGGAUGUCCUGGGAGCUCAAACGCAACACAUGCAAGAUUGACGCCGAGCGAUGAGUGCGACAUCAACAAUCUCUCAGAUCUCCGCGUAGUCAUCCAUUCCAGCGGCGACAUGACAAGAAAAGCGACCGACUGCGGACUAUUUCGCCAAUUUGCCCUCCCAGCUACCAGACCAACACCUCAAGACACCUUUGUCGAGCUCCCCUUGGAGAGGCCACUCUCAAUCGAAGUCGGCAACGAUGGCAUCAUCGGUCGUCGCGUGUCCCUCUACUCACGGCUUAAAUCUGGCCAAGAUAAGAUCGUGGCCGAAGGCAUUGUCGGGUUCAACUUCUUGAGCGAAGCAUCACCAGCCCCAUCUUCACCAUCACCGUCAAUCUGAAGCGCCGUGCUGGGGAUAGGCCAUCAAGGUGUCCUCGCUACCUGGUGUGAAUUACAAGAUGGCCGAUAACAACGACGGGGCCUGCACAACCCAUGCAGGCGUUGAUAAUGAGAACUAUCAUUGGGUCUCUAAUUUGGAGAGUAAUCAUGGGAAUUGUUCAUGGCCGGUUCCAUGGACGGGGGCAUCGCACAAUGACUGCUGCAUAGCUACGGAAGGCGAAUAAAUCACGGAUUGCUUUGACAAUAAACGAAUAAUUAACGAUGAGUAUUUGCUUCUAUGCAUUGAGGCGGAAUUACCUUGUUAGCCAUGUGAAGAUUCGAAGAACCUUGAUGGCUCCAUGGCGUCAGCGACAACCCUAUACAAGACAUUCAAUCCUCUCAGCCUGUGUUUCCAGUUUAACUCGACGACGUGACUUGAACUUGGACAAUUCAUACUGAUUUUCGAAUUUUAAUAUUUCCUUUCACUUCUCCAACAGAUUUUGUCUACAUACGUCAAGCUAUUUCCUUGGCUCGCGACUCAAUACUGGCCGCCGCACGGUUACAUCGACCAGUCAGAACGAAUGCUCACCUCGCUCAACUUCCAGUGCCGGUCCCGACAUCAUCCUCGCGACGGCGCUAGAGAAUCAAGAUAGUAUCUAUGUAUCUAUUUCAUCUCCCUUUCCCGGCACGUAUCAAGUGAGUUUUCCAGUAAUGAGGAUACGAAAGAUAUGUCGUCGCGGUUUACUCUGCAAGUGCAAGAGACUCCAUCCAAUGUCUUCAAGCCACUGUUCUCAGUCUCUUGCAGGGCUCACCUUGCAUCAAGAGCAGAUAGGUUACUCAACAAGAUAUUAAAAAUAUGGUUAGAAUAUUCUUCAUGUUCUCUUUGCUAUAAUAUGUUUUUUUUUUCUUG